GUGGGAGAUGACGUAAGCAAGGGGUUUUUGAAUGACCAUCAGAUGGUGAGAAAGAGCGUUAGUUACAGAAGAUAUUGACUCUCGCGCUGCACGGGAUGCUCUUCUCGUGCUUUAUUGCUCACACGUGGGAUCCAUAUAUGGGCGGCUGUGUUCUCUUCCGUGUUGUGUGUAGGCGAAGAGUCGUUGUGUGGCGUACACCUGCUGGCUGUGUGGCGGUCCGUUCCUGGCGCUGCACCACCUGUACCUCGGCAGGGACAUCCAGUGGUUCCUCUGGUUCACCACUUUCGGCGGCUUCCUCGUCGGCUGGCUCAGCGACCUCUGCAAAAUGCCAGACUACAUUCGACAAGCUAACCUCAGCCAGAAAUUCAUGGCAAGUCAGACACACACGCAGUCGGGAGCCAGCCAGCCAUCUGCACGCUCACACGCCCAUCUCUCUCUCUGUUUGUGUGUGAAUUUGUGGUGUGGUGCAGGAGCAGUAUAGCAAGCGCGCCGGCGAGCACGUGUCGGAGUGGCAGAUAGCCCGGUGGGCGGGCGCGGUGGCCUUCGCCGCACUCUACGAGGCCGUCCUGCUCCACGCUGUCAACGUCUACACGCCCACACUGCUGCACGGCUUCGUGCGCGCCCUCGGCCGGGCCAUGGGCGUCUGGAUGAGCUUCUCAUCUGGCACCAAGAGGUCUUCCGUCAGGUGGGGGACUGACACAGACAGACAGACAGACAGCCACAUGUACCUGGGUGUAUCUCCAUGUGUGUGAGUGUGUGUGUCUGUAGGUGGACGAUUGUGGCUGCGUUGGUGUGUGAGCUGCUGUUGGGCUCUCUGGCGGCGCCUCUCGCGAGGGUCUAUGGCGAAAGGUGGCCGCACAGGAGAAGCUACGCCGAAACUGACAUACACAGUAAGCAAAGCACUCCCCGUCCCCAUGGAUGGAUGAAGGCAUCGCCCGCCCGUCCGUCAGAUCUUGUGAGCGUCCUGGGCUCCCUUGUGGCUGCCGUCGCCGCGUGGAAGACGCAGAGGUCCGCUCCGCACACUAAUGGAUGGACAAAUGGAGUCGGUGUGUAUGUUGUAUUGUUUGUGUAUGUGUGUGUGUGUGUUAUUUGGUUUCAGGUACCGCAGCGCUUUGCGCGCGCGGCACUUCUGCGUGCGGCUGCCUUUCAUCACACUCGCGGCGCUCGUGUGGAGCGCACUCCUCUUCUCGGGUACACACACAACACACACACGCAGUGCCACCCACCCAUAUGUCCAUCUCUGUGUGUGUGUGUGUGUGUGUGGCUCCCAGCGUUGUACCACCACAUGGAGGUGCCCGACGCCGAUAACCCCACCAAGACCCGGAAACUCAAAGACGUGGGCUGCCCUGCCCACCCACACACGAACGUUCUGUUGUGAUGAUGCCUCUCCUCUCGUCUCGUCUGCUGCGUGUGCGUACGUACGGGUGGGUGCAGAUGUGGCAGGAGUUUGUCCGGUCCGACUCCUACCUCCAGCUCAAGGCGGUGCGCUGCACACCACACACACUUACACAUCACACAUCACACACAAACAAACCGCCGUGUGUGUGUUGGGACCUUGCCUUGUCUGUCCACCCCUCAGGUGGUCGACAGGUGGAGCAAGCUGGUCAAGGAGAAGGUCGGUCGCCUCAACACACAGAACCGAACAGAACAGAACAGAACAGGCCACACACACAUUGCACCCCUCCCUCAUGACUCCCUGGUGUCACUGUGUCGGCCUUGUGUGUAUUGUGUCGGCCUUGUCAGGGUGUGCUUGAGGGGCUGCAGGACAUAGCGCAGGAGAUGGGGCUCUUCGACGAGAACACACCCAGGUGGACGGACUACCAGGUACUCGGCGUCAAAUACGACGCCACCGACGCCGAAAUCAAAGCAAGGUACGCAGCGCAGCGCACGCACCUGAGUCACACGCCUGCGCCUCUCUUCGUGUGAAUCAUACGCACCACAACACAACACAACGCAACACAGCCUUGCUUGUCUGUCAAUGGUUGGUUGGUUGGUUGGGUGAUAUAUAAUAUAUGGGCAGGUAUCGCCAGUUGGCGAAGCUGUACCACCCCGACAAGAGCACUGACGAGGACAGUGCGGCCAAAAUGGCCCAGGUCAACGAAGCCUACAGGAGACUCAUCGCCAGAACACCAGACACCACCGACCGUAGGCAGGCACACAAACAAACACGCCAAUUGACACAGGAGGGGAGGGGACAGCCACGCACGACGGACGGAUGGAUGGCACGUUUGUCUGGUUGGUUGGUUCUUGUGUCCGUUCGUUUGUUCCACCCUUGGUUGGUCAGGGCAAGGCAAGGAGGAGCUCUGACGCUGCUGAUAUCAGCUGACGGUGCCGGUGUGGC